AGAAAGUGCCUGGACUACUCGGUGCGGGUGCUGUGCUGCCGGCAGCCCGAGGGCUGCCCCACCACCACGUCUGCCACCCCACCCAGAGCCUCCAUUGAGAGUGUCACUCCUGUGCACACAACCAGCUCCACCUCUGCGCACACAGUCAGUGUCUCCUCUAGACCCCAGACCAGCUCCACCUCUGCGCAUACAGUCAGUGUCUCCUCCAGACCCCAGACCAGCUCCACCUCUGCGCACACAGUCAGUGGCUCCUCUGCGCACACAGUCAGCACCUCCUCCAGACCCCAGACCAGCUCCUCCUCUGCGCACACAGUCAGUACCAGCACCUCCUCUGCGCACACAGUCAGCACCUCCUCCAGACCCCAGACCAGCACCUCCUCUGUGCACACAGUCAGCACCUCCUCCAGACCCCAGAUGAGCUCCUCCUCUGCGCACACAGUCAGUGUCUCCUCCGCGCACACAGUCAGCACCACCUCCUCUCAAAGGCACAGCACCACUUCUGCAUCUACAGCCAGCACAAGACCUGUGUCUACACCGCCACCAAGCCAGUCCUCAGCUGUGCCCCCUGAGUGCCAGCCACAGUGCAACUGGACCAAGUGGUUCAACGUGGACUCCCCUGUCCCCGGGCCUCAUGGAGGGGACGUGGAAACCUACAGCCGCAUCCUCAGGGCGGGAGAGCAGAUCUGCAGUCGCCCCGAGGAGAUCACUCGGCUGCAGUGCCGGGCCGAGAGCUACCCGGAAGCGAGCCUGGAGAGCCUGGGCCAGGUGGUGCUGUGCGACCCUGACGUGGGCCUGCUGUGCCGGAACCAGGACCAGCUGGGGACCCAGAGAAAGUGCCUGGACUACUCGGUGCGGGUGCUGUGCUGCCGGCAGCCCGAGGGCUGCCCCACCACCACGUCUGCCACCCCACCCAGAGCCUCCAUUGAGAGUGUCACUCCUGUGCACACAGUCAGCACCUCCUCCAGACCCCAGACCAGCUCCUCCUCUGCGCACACAGUCAGCACCUCCUCCAGAACUCAGACCAGCUCCUCCUCUGCGCACACAGUCAGCACCUCCUCUGCGCAAACAACCAGCUCCUCCUCUGCGCACACAGUCAGCACCUCCGCCAGACCCCAGACCAGCUCCACCUCUGCGCACACAAUCAGU